UUUUAUUAAAAAGAAAAUACUUUCUAGCUGUUUCUCUUGUUUGUUCUUCAUGUAUAAUCAAAACAUGUGAUUUGUAGCCACACAUACGCAGCAAAGAGAUAUAAGUCUGUGUACCUUGAGCUCACAGGCUAUCAUGGCUGCCAAAUCCAAGCAACCGCCUCACUUCCUUCUCAUCCCACUCAUGGCUCAAGGCCAUCUAAUCCCCAUGGCCGAUUUGGCCAAGCUUCUAGCUGAAAAUGGAGGCAGAGUGAGCCUGAUCACCACCCCACAAAACACAUCGCGAAUCAACUCCCUUCUCUCCCACCCAAACCAAUCACAAAUCCAAAUCCUUCACCUCCAAUUCCCACCUCAGCAGCAAUCCGGCGUUCCACAAGGCUGCGAGAAUUUGGACUCCUUGCCUUCACUUAGCUUACUCCCCAAAUUCUUGUCGGCAACAUCUCUUCUCUGUCAGGCAACCGAGGACUUGUUCCAGCAGCUGUCUCCCAGACCGAGCUGUGUGGUGUCGGACAUGGCGUUGCCUUGGACAAUUAAGGUUGCCCAGAAGUUCAAUGUUCCUAGACUUGUUUUCUACAGCUUGUGUUCGUUGUAUCUGUUGAGUAUGGCGAAUCUACGAGCCACAGGUGUUAUCGAAAAAAUCAUGUCUGCUUCUGAUUCCGAGCUAAUUGCUAUGCCCAAUUUGCCUGAUAAAGUCGAGUUCACUAAGCCGCAAAUUAUAUGCACUUUGGAUGCUGAGUUCAUGGAGUGGGCCAAUGAAACGGGCAAAGCUGACCAGGCUUCCUAUGGUAUCAUUCUCAACUCUUUUGAUGCUCUCGAACCAAAAUACCUCGAGGAGUUCAAGAAGGCCACAGGAUCAGACAAAGUUUGGUGUGUUGGGCCCGUUUCACUAUGUAACAGAGACACAGCCGACAAGGCUGUCCGAGGCAACAAGGCCGCCAUCGACGAACAUGAAUGUCUCAAAUGGCUCGACAGACAACAGCCCGGGUCAGUCAUCUACGCUGCACUCGGCAGCUUAUGCAACAUAGUAGCAGCGCAAAUCAUAGAGCUGGGGCUGUCUCUAGAGGCAUCGAACAGGCCAUUCAUUUGGGUCAUAAGACAAACAGAAGCCACCAAAAACGAACUAGAAAAGUGGCUGUCAGAGUCCGGGUUUGAAGAGAGGACCAAAGAAAGAGGGCUGGUGGUCCGUGGCUGGGCUCCGCAAGUGCUGAUAUUAUCACAUCCGGCAGCAGGAGCCUUUGUCACACACUGCGGCUGGAACUCGACCAUCGAAGGGAUCACGGCGGGAGUGCCGAUGGUGGCGUGGCCGCUGUUCGGGGACCAGAUAUUCAAUGAAAGAUUGAUCGUUCAGCUGCUGAAGGUUGGGGUCAGCGUGGGGGUGGAGAAGAGUGUUGUGUGGGGAGGUGAGGAGGAAAUUGGGGUUCAAGUGAAAAUGGAAGCCAUUAGAGAUGCAAUUGAGAAGGUGAUGGAUGGAGAGGGAAACAUGGAGAUGAGAAGAAGAGUGAGGGAUUUAGCUGAAAGAGCAAAGGCCGCCAUGGAAGAUGGAGGCUCUUCUAAUCUCAAUUUGAAGCGGUUGAUUGAAGAUAUUACGCAUCAGGCAGAGGUUCCCGAGGCCCACAAGUAGUCAUUUAUAAAAUACUCAAUAAGCAAUCUAUUUGUAAACUCUCGUCGGACUUAAUUCUUACAAUGAUUUCUUGAGCUAUGUGCUCCUAUCCUAACAUUGGCGUUCGCCAUUACCAUGGCUUA